AUGCCACUAGUGAAACGGACGGCUGGACUAAUCGUCCUUUUUGGCCUCCUCUUCUGCUCCACAGGUCAAACCUUCAACGUUACGCUGAAAUGCAUGCAGGACACAGCAGCCUUCCUCAUGGAGUUGGAGAAAGACAAACCGGAGGAAUACGCAGUGCAGAUGUAUGAUGCCUUUGGAAAGCUGGGCAGUGAUGUAGCAGGGGGCAACGUAAACAGAGCUGGAUCUUUGCAGGAGUGCGUGUCUGUCAAAGGCCCUAGUUUCAAAGGGCAGUACUGCCAAGUCUUUCUCAAACAGGAAGCAGUGGAGUAUUUUGUUGGUAUUUGUGUGCCGGACUCAUGUGAUGAAGAGGAAGUGAGGACACUUGUUGUCUCUGAGGCGUUUGAACAGGGUCACUCCUCUCUCAUUCCUCCUGUGCCAACUCUGUUAAUAUCUGACCCCACACUGGGCAUCUUUAUGACUCAGUGUAUCAGCAACAUCACACCCGACCUGUCCGCUGUAAUCUGCCUAUGUGUGUGUGUCCUGAUGAUAGCUGUGCCUCUCAUUGCGUCCAUCUACGUGAUGGUGUUCAGGUGGAGGAAGUGGAGAGAGGUCAGGUCAGGGGUCGACUCCGGCAUCCUCUCAAAAAACAGCCAAUACGGAGCUCUGCUGGCCAAUGGCUCACCCAAUCACAGCAAAGAAUGCAUUUCACUCCGGGACACUACAGCAGCGCGGGAAAGCAACGAUGAGAGAGAGCAGCAGGACAACACCACGAAUUGUGUGCUGCAGUACCUGCAGUGUUUUUCAGUGCAGGUCAGCAGUGUUGAUGUUUUUAACACUUCGAGUGUUGGACACAGUUACUCCUCUCUGAAUGGGGUCCGCAUCCUCAGCUUACUGUGGAUCAUCUGUGGACACACCGUCCAGCUCAGCGCCUGGAGCAGCCUUGAUAACGAUAAGCGCUGGAGACACGCUGUCCAGAACAGUCCUCUCUAUGUGUUCGCCUUCAGCGGGCCAGUCUACCUGGCUGUGGACACUUUCCUGUUGCUUGGUGGUCUUCUGAGUGCUAAGUCUCUUCUUACCUCCAUCCAGAGGUCAGAAGACAUACUCAGCCUCCGUCUGGUCGCCCACUACCUCUUUAAGAGGUUCAAAAGGAUCCAGCCGCUGCACCUCUUCAUCGUGUGUCUGAUUGUCGCACUCUUCUCGCUGCUCCACAGAGGAGUUUUCUGGUUCAUGGCUGAGGAUGAAAUCCUGAACUGCAAGAAGUACUGGUGGUCCAACCUGCUGCUCGUCAACAACCUCUUCACCAUCACCGAUAUAUGUGCUCCAUGGACCUGGUACCUCUCCAUUGACUUCCAGUUCUAUGCGACAACACCUCUGUUAAUUUUUCUCUAUAGACUUAAUAAAUAUGUGCUGGUUGCCGUGGCGAUCAUUCUGUUGGUCAUGUCAAGCUUGGCUGGUGCUCUGAUCACUGCAUUUCUGCACCUGCCUGUACACCAACCUACUACACUAGCAUAUGAGAGCUAUUUUCAAUAUUACUAUAACAAACCCUACACCAGAUAUGGGCCGUAUCUGCUUGGUGUCCUUGCAGGACUUUACAUGGCGACCAAGAAAGAAGCACUGUUAAAGCAGCAGUGGCAGGCUGUUGCUGGAUGGUUUUUCUCUCAGUCCAUCAUGGCACUGUUGGUGGGCCUAGCCUAUGUGCUGCGGGACGUCCCAGCCCAGCCCUCACUCGCCCAUGCAGUCUAUCAGGGGCUCCAUCGCUCUCUGUGGGCUCUGGCUGUGGUCUGGAUAAUCCUGGCCUGUGAGGAGGGCUAUGGAGGGUUUGUGAAUAAGCUUUUGUCUCUGAAAGUGUGGAUUCCUCUGUCGAACAUCAGCUUUGCCUGUUACCUGAUCCACCCUAUUCUCAUUUUACUCUACAACGGCAAACAGGAGACUCCAAUACACUACACUGAUCUUAACUUUCUGUACCUGUUCCUGGGCCACGUGGUGCUGACCAUAGUGCUGGGCUUUGCUCUGACUGUGCUAAUUGAGAAGCCUUAUCUAUUCCUGAAAAGAGCUAAGGCAUACGCUUGGGUUCCUAGCAGCACAUAGGGGUCGAUUUGGAAAUGAAAAUAAAAUGAAAAUAUCCACAAACUACCAUCAAAAUAGUAAAAUGCAUGUUGCAAAGGCAAGUAGCAAAAAUUAAACUACAUUAAAAUAAACUGCUCUCUUUACUAGAAUCCGCACUUCUCUGAUUCUCCGUCUUGUUUCAUUAAUCUUUGCAUUGUUUUUUCUCUUCCUGAUGUGCCAGUGUAGACAGCACUGUAGUGUUUGGUCAUUUGUGAUGUGUAACUGUGUAAAUACAUGCUGUAACAACAUACAUAAUAAUAAUGUAUGUGAAUGUGUGAAACACAGAAAGACGUAUAUUUGAUAUUUUAACUUUCACAAAGUGAAAUGAAUGCGUAGACACUAAGAGUAAGGGAGUCUAAGUGACUAUUCCACAGACUUGACCAGACAUUGCCUAGUGUGGUGAGAUUAUAUGAACAGAAGCCCAUCAUGGGUCAAGUAACCUUAUCUCAAUAGCAGGAAGGGUGUGUUACAUCAGACAUCACUUGAUCAUCAAGAGCUAAAUGACCUCUUCAUAUUAAAUAAUGUAUGAUUGAUAACUGUCCAUCAUAUCGGCAACUCGGCAAAGUAUGAUAUGUUUGUUGGAAAACAUCACUGGUGGGUGGUGGUCUUUGUUGGAGAACAUUGGUGUUUGUUGUUGCGUAGCGUUGCUUGUUGGAGAAUGUUGGUAUUGGUGGAAUAUGAUCAUGUUUGUUGGAGAAUGAUGGUAUUGGUGGAAAAUGAUCAUGUUUGUUGGAGAAUGAUGGUGCUCGUAAGUGGAUUGGUUGGUGUUUCAUGGACAGUGAUAGUGUUUGUUGGAGAAUGUUGGUGUUUGAUGUAGAAUGAUAGUGUUGGUUGUUGAUUAUUGUUUCUAGUUGGUGAAUGAUGGUGUUUGUUCAAGAGUUAUGGUGUUUGUUAGAGAAUGUUAGAGAUGGUGUUUAAUCCAUCUGGUGGAGCGAUCCUGCAGAUCUUCAAGUCUGAAACUCUGUUGUAGUUGAGGUUCAGGUUUGUGCAGCUCUGCUGAGCUUUGACUCAUGCUGUGUUUCUGAUUAGGAACACAGAAGUGCUUUGAUUCAUGUCUGCCUCUUGAUGGGGCAUUACUCACACACAGCAGGCAUAAUCAACCUCAAGAGGCCAUUUAACUAUUUAAGAUCAAGUGAUUUCAAAUAUAUGUCAUUUAAUGCAACUAAAGUAAAAUGUUUUUUCUUGACUGACCUGUGAUCCACUUCGGCUUCCGAAAUUCGAGGGGCAAAUCAAGAGCAAAUAUAAUGAUAUUAAAUGUGACAUAGAAUCUUCGUCUGAGCGUUCAGUGUUUUGGUGACUCCACUUACCAGUUGGCUAUAGUCUGUUUUUAUUCCAAGUGUCUGACUAAAGGUGCUUUGCUCAUUUUUUGAUUGAGUCCAAAAAUUAAACCCCCAAAAUGAUUAUACCAACAAGUGGUGUGUUGCAGGUGGUUCCCAAUAUUUUAAAACACAAAUUUCUCACAAAUAAACUCUAACAGUAGGUAAAUUUCCCUAAAUCUUUGUCUCAAACUAGAAAGACUGCAUAUCUUUAAAUUAUUAAAGCUAAACAUCUGACA